UCAGAUUCAUUUAAUAAAUACUGCUCUUCUUCAUUCAAAAAAAUCAAACUGCAUGAGGCAGUGCAAAAGAUCUAACAAGAGAAAGCUGCAGAAGACAGAAAACAUUUUGGAAACUGCCCUUUGCUGCUUGCUGUUCUUGGGUUACGUAAAUGUGUGACUCAAGAAACUGUACUUCUCUUUAAAGGAGCUAUCUCUUAGUGUGUCCAAAUAACAUGUGAAUUGCAGAUUUGGAAGUGAUUUUUUUUUUUUCUACUGGAACUGUUAUCUUUGUACAGAGAGGUUCUGCUGUAAGUGAGUCAUCUUUCUGACUUUGGUAAAUGAUUAACUUGUUGAUCCCCAAGGAGAAUAGAGUUUCAGAGACAAAGAUUAAAAAAAGUUACAGUCAUUUAUGAAGUGAGCUCAAACGUUCAAUAAUGAAAGUUCCUAUAAAACUCCUUGGAUUUGCCUUUUUGGUUUUAUCCUUUACAUUUGUACAAUCUCAAGAAUGUCUUCAAAAGGACAUUAAAUAUGAAAACAUAGAACGAUUGGAGAAAGAUUCUUACAAUAAUAAUGAAAUAGUGAGAGUGAACUGCCUGACAGGCUAUAACGGCAUGUACAAACUGAAGUGUGUCAAUGGGAAUUGGGAGGAAAACAUUGCACGAAGCUGCUCAAAGAAAAAAUGCGGCCACCCAGGAGAUACACCAAAUGGUGAUUUUAAGCUUUUAGAGGGAGCUGAGUUUGUUUUUGGAGCAACAGUGGAGUAUUCUUGCAAGACAGGGUACGAAAUGGCAAGCAGGGUAAAACUGCGUCACUGCAGAAGCCAAGGGUGGGAUAAUGCUGUCCCUAUCUGUGAGGUGGUGAAGUGCAAACCUAUUCACACAGAAGAAGGUUUGACUGCAUCAGGCAACAUGGAAGACGGAAGCUAUGGUGACGUUGUUCACUUUGAGUGUGAAUCUCCCGACAAAAAGAUAGAUCGAAGUAGUGACAUUCAUUGCAAGGAGAAUGGCCUUUGGAGUGACGAUGUUCCAAAGUGCAUAGAGAUUACAUGCAGAGUACCUGACAUACCAAACAGGAGGAUUUCGUCGGCGGACCGUGAAGAAUACAAGAAAGAUGAAAUUUUGCAGUACAGUUGUGUUGAAGGAUACAAGUCCAGAGAGGGAAACCCAAAAUGCACUAAAUAUGGCUGGAGUCUGAACCCAGAGUGUGAAGAAGUAACUUGUCAGAUUAAGACAACCAGUUAUGGAAUAGAAAGUACUGAACCAGAGGGAAAAACUAUUUUCAGAGCUGGAGAAAAAGUAAAAAUUACUUGCUCUGAAAAAUACUGGAUAUUUGGCAUAAAAGAAACCACAAAAUCAUUUACAUGCCGAGAUAAUGGGCAAUGGGAUGAUGAGCCUACUUGUGUGGAUAUUAGAUGUGAAGUUCCACGUGACAGGCGCGUUUAUGAUCCACAAUAUUACUUUAGAGACUCAAAAUUGGAUGCAGAAAUAUUUUACUAUUGUAAUUCUGGAUAUAAUAAAAUGGCACAGAAGGCCAAAUGUACACGAGACGGCUGGAAACCAGAUCCACUGUGUGCUGAACUUAAGUGUGAAGCACCAAAAAUCCCAAAUGCAAAGAUUGAGGGAGGUCAGAGACAAAACUACGAAGUCAAUUCAAGAAUAGGAUAUAAAUGUAACUCUGGAUUUGAACCAGAGAAGCGUGUAGAAAUCACCUGUACUUCACAGGGCCAAUGGACAGGCAUACAGCACUGCACUGCAAAGGAAGUAUCUUGCAAUUUUCCAUCCUUGAAAAACGGGUUCACAUACAUAAAUGAGGGAAACAUCUACUACUCAUGUGAUAGAGGUUAUAAACCAUUCAGUGGCAACUGGUGGGAAUCAUUGACAUGCAAUGAGUCUAAUGAGCCACAGUGUAUCAAGAAGGAAGAAUGUGGCGCUUACCCCAAAGUCAAUCAUGGAAAAAUAACAAAAAAUGGAGAAUCUGCAGAAUUUGAAUGCGAUCCAGGCUUUAAAUCAACAAAUAGCUCGAUUGAAUGUGUCAUGGGUAAAUGGAAGACACCAACCUGUGAGGAGGAUGUGCGUUGUGACAUUCCUCCUGAAGUGGAAAAUGCUGUAAUACUCUCUAAACCUAAAGAAUUUUAUCCUGAAGGAUCUUCUGUAACAUACAAAUGUCGAAACUUAUUCACAAUGAGGGGGAAUCGGGAAGUUUUUUGCCAAAAUGCAUCUUGGGGAGAAACACCAAAAUGUGAAGCUUUCUGUUCAAAACCUCUUCGGAUAGUAAACAAUGCCAUACUGGUAGAUGAAAACCAAGACAAAAGAAAAUAUUCACAUGGAGAUACAGUACGCUUUGAGUGUGUUGAGGGGUUUGAGUCGAGGGAGACAACUGCUAAAUGUGAAGUAAAAACCUGGAUUUACCCGAAAUGUAUUAAAAAAGCUCAUUGUUCCAGACCAACAAAGUACAUGACGUUUGUGACACUGUUAAAUGAGAAAAAUGAGUACAACAACUUUGAAAAUGUGUCAUACAAGUGCAAUAGUCCAUAUGAUAAAAUCCCAGAGGGUACUUGGAUGUGUGAAGAUAAAGAGUGGCAUGGAGAUUUUGUCUGCACAAGUGAAAUCUGUCCACCGCCACCUCAUCUUGAACAUGGAGACUUUACUGUAGUUAGAAAGAAUGGUGACGUAAUUACACAGGUGUAUUAUAUUUGCAAAAGAGACUAUGUGCUAGACAAACAACAGCAAUAUUAUACGUGUCAGAAUGGGAGAUGGGAGACCCCUCCAAAGUGUCUGGAGCCCUGUGAAAUUACACCUGACAUUACUGAGAAGUACAAUGUUCAACCCCCCCAAUAUAAGGUCUUUGUUAAACAUGGUGACACUCGUAGACUUUAUUGCAAGUCUGGAUGGAAUAUUGGAGAUUGGAGGAGAUCUGAAUAUCUGGUCAUGUCGUGUUCUAAUGGAGAGAUCAAAUCUGACAAAACUUGUAAGUACAUCUGA